GUGGAAGGCUGAAUGCACUAUAAAAUAGAACUUCACAAUUAGGGUUUUCAGAUAUUGGAUUUCUCAGUCUCGCUCCAGCCGCAUCUGAAGAUCCGCAGCAGGGGAGCUCCAAGAUGCCGUCGCACAAGUCGUUGAAGAUUAAGUUGAAGCUCGGGAAGAAGAUGAGGCAGAACAGGCCCAUCCCUCAUUGGAUUCGUCUGAGGACUGAUAACACCAUCAGGUACAAUGCCAAGCGUAGGCACUGGCGCCGAACAAAGCUAGGGUUUUGAGUGUCGACCUGUUUACUUUAUUUUAGGUAUUUUAUAUCUUCGUGGGAUUGGAGAUCUAGUUUAUGUGUUUUGAACAAUAUACAACUCUAAUUUUCUAUUAUUAUGUUUGGUUUUAUGUAAGAUCCCGUACUCUGAAUGAUGAUUCUAUUUUGUUGAAAUUGCAAUGGUUGUUUCUUGUUUGAAUUGAA